CGUCACUUGUACACCAUAUAUCGCGGGCGGCCUUUUUAUGAGCAGCUAGUUGGAUCUUGCUCUCCCUGACCCAGAGUGAACACAUCCUCCUCCUCCUCCUUCUCUUGGAUUGGAACACUGGAUCUGCUCCAAGAUCGAUCCUGAACCAAAGCAAGAUAAGCAAUGGCUCUAGUUGGUCAGGCUGCCAUGGUUGCGCAGUUUGCAGGAGUGGACGCAUACGGGAUCAUCAAGAUGAUCGCCGAUGCGGCGCAGACGGUCCGGAGGAACAGAGCCACCUGCCUGCAGCUCGCGCGCCGCGCCAAGAUGAUCGGAGACCUGCUGCACCAGCUCCACGCCGCGCAGCUCAUGCAGCAGCCGGAGACGAGGAACCCGAUGGAGCAGCUCGAGGAGACGCUCCGGCGCGCGCUGCUGCUCGUCAGGUCCUGCCAGGGCCGCAGAUACCUCUACCGGUGCUUCUUGGGGGCGCGCCACGCCGACGAGCUCCGCGAGGUGCAGGGUGAGAUCACCUUCUACCUCCAGCUUUUCCCUCUCGUCAGCCACGUCGACACCACCCUCACCUGGGUCAGACUCCUCAACAAAGGUGCUGCUCCUGAAGCUCCUUCAUGCAAAGAGGCACCUGUGGUAAGACCAUAUUUUGUGCCGGAUGAAUGGUGUUUGCUAGUUUCUCAUUCAGGAAGUAUACCUUGGCACUCUCUUCUUGUAAUAUCUACUAACCACCCGUCGGGAAAAUUUUAUUCUGGCAUGUAUCUGCAGGAGUUCAAAUUGUUGUGCAACUGACCAGUUAUUUCUUUUUUCUCAUCACUUCAUUAAAAGAAUUAGCGAUUAUCUAGCUAGCACAAUGUUUCUGCAACUGCUAGUUAGCAUUGCGCUUGUUAUGUAUCGCGUCCGCGCUCUUGUCUCUGGAGAAUCUGGCUGGCAUAGAGUGAAAAUCAAGUUCAUCCAAUCCAAACCGCGGUUGUAAGUCGGUCUUUCGUUCGUGUGCAAAAUAGGUAUGUUGGUAUUUUUCUUUUCCUUGCAGAAGAUCAGAUCAUAGUUGACAACUGACCAUGAGAAUCUUGUGUAUUGUUGUUUGUUUGCCACUCGAGUUAUUGGGUGUUCAUCUUGCAUUCAAAAGCUUACAUUUUGAUCCAUCAAGAUCGCAAAUUUCCAGUUUCGGAGGCGCAGUCGCGGUUGCAGGUGCCGUUGGACCAUUGUUUUGGGUACCGCUCGAAAUUUCGCGAUCCCGAGCGGUUACUGCGUUUACCGCUACCCCACGGAAAACACUCAUACCAAGCAAAAUAAUUCGAGUUUUUUUGAAAUUUGAAUUCAAACGAUCACUCUGCUGUUAAAUAAGCGGCAUCUCUCAUGUAGCAACAGCGGGUUCGAGUCUUACCUUCCACACUUUUUCUUUCUUUUUUAGAAUGCGAAAGUAAAAAACUAAUAGAGUUGAAAAAUUCUGGAGCCGUAGGAGUCGAACUCGAAAUAUCUGACCAAGCGGCAUCGGUGGGUGCGUGUGUUCAGCCACUACACUAGGAGAAACACUGUGAUAUCAUAGAGUUAAAAGUUUAUCUAUAUCAACUUUGAAAUAUUUGAAUUCAAAAUUUGAUUUUGAAUUUCGUCCGAUUUUUUUCCGGUAUUUCGUGGUUAUCGUGGGAACCGUGAAUUUCGGUGCCCCUCGAGAAAAAAGGCUCGCUUGGGAUCCAAAACCUUGCGUUGGACCAUCAGUGUAAAGAAACUUCCAUGCCCUCACAUGGCGCAAGUGCAACCCUCCAGGUUCAAAGGGUAGCCUGUGUAUUGCAUCACACAUGACUUUGCUUGAAGGCCCUCUCUCAUCUACAUAAGCAAAGGAUUCUGAAGAGUAUGAGGUGAACUCGGAAGUAGCAAUAAGUCUCAAGCCCAAUGCCACUGUACAAAUGAUCCAGGCUUCUGAGCUGCAGGUUGCGGGUUCGAGUCUUACCUUCCACACUUUUUCUUUCUUUUUUAGAAUGCGAAAGUAAAAAACUAAUAGAGUUGAAAAAUUCUGGAGACGUAGGAGUCGAACUCGAAAUAUCUGACCAAGCGGCAUCGGUGGGUGCGUGUGUUCAGCCACUACACUAGGAGAAACACUGUGAUAUCAUAGAGUUAAAAGUUUAUCUAUAUCAACUUUGAAAUAUUUGAAUUCAAAAUUUGAUUUUGAAUUUCGUCCGAUUUUUUUCCGGUAUUUCGUGGUUAUCGUGGGAACCGUGAAUUUCGGUGCCCCUCGAGAAAAAAGGCUCGCUUGGGAUCCAAAACCUUGCGUUGGACCAUCAGUGUAAAGAAACUUCCAUGCCCUCACAUGGCGCAAGUGCAACCCUCCAGGUUCAAAGGGUAGCCUGUGUAUUGCAUCACACAUGACUUUGCUUGAAGGCCCUCUCUCAUCUACAUAAGCAAAGGAUUCUGAAGAGUAUGAGGUGAACUCGGAAGCAGCAAUAAGUCUCAAGCCCAAUGCCACUGUACAAAUGAUCCAAGCUUCUGAGCUGAUAGAAAAUUAGAAGAGCGAAUAUAGGACCUUGGUUGCAGCAAAACUUGCCUCCUUUCAACUUCUUUUGAUCCCAAAGAAACCCGUUUUGCAAUGCCUGCGGCCAUAGUUACAGAUUUACAUAAACUGCAGAGAUAAUACUGGUAUUCACACAUGGUUUUUGUUUACCUUGUAACUUCGCAUGGCCAUUGGGCGCGCAAAGUUCUUGCAUAGGCCGAGCUACAUGAUACCUACUAUCUAGACCGUCAGUUUGCCUCGUGAUA